AUAAUGACGAUCGGAUGAAUUAAUGCUUUCCUUUAAUUUUGCUUCUCCUUAUUCAAAGUUGAGUAUAUUCCUAUGUGGGCUGUUUCCUGGUUUACUAUGGCUUAACUUCGGACAUUUGAGUAUUCGUUUGCCCGCCCCGAUCUCUGGUGACGGAAUACUCUGUCUAACCUUGAGUUGCUUAUCCAUUCAGCAUUUUUUGGGAGACUUGAGUUAAUUUCUUCUAUAUUUGGAACACGUAUCCUUUAAACAAAGUCGACUUGCUAAGAUCCUUGAUGAUGCUAUUGAAGUUUUCUUGCUCUCUCUGUCUCGCUCUCCAUAUUAACUUUGAUGUUAAUAUGCGCUAGCUAGCUACAGAAAUAUGAGCUCGUGUCUAAUGAAUCUUAAUCUUCCAAGUUUAUCAAUGGACCCCCCCAAAAAAAAAAAAAUCCCAAAAUCUCUAGCGUUCUUCUCAUCUAUCGCCCUGGUUGAAGUCCAAAUGCGAGUGUCUUCAAAGAACGUGAGUCAACUGUGGGAAGUAUAAAUGUCAGUUUUGAAUUCAAUAAGGAUCGCCAAAGUUGCGGAUUGAUGCCAACUUGAUCAUUUUAGCUUAAUCGGAUAAAUUGAUUAUGAUAACUUAUUUCAUCUUUGCUAUGUGCAGGAUUAAUUAUAGAUGCAGCCAAGGUUAAAAAGCCUGUUUUGUUCAUGGAUACUCAUUUUAUUUUUUAUUAAAUCAUUGGAAUUUCAAACAAAAUUUAUUCGGAAUUGCUAGACCAGAAGUGGGAACGGAAAACACUGGGCAACUCAGGCAAAGAACGCCUAGCCUGUGUCACUGGAUGAAAAUAAUGUAGAUGUAAAAAAACUGCAGUAAAAAAUUGCCUAAUCUAAGUAAUGAAAUUAUUACAAUAUGUGCUGAUGCUGAUAUUUCUUCUUCUGAUAUGAUCCGAAAGCUUUCUCUAGUCCAUCCAAUAUUUACGCUUGAUGAUCAAUCAACUGCGCAUGAAGGUCAUGCCCAGAGAUUUGAGGACUUAGUUACCAGUUUUGGAAUGCCUGGAGCUUAGCAUCAUUUGAUUAAGUGAUGCGUCCGUACAUAAAUUGUAGAAAGGCUGUAUGCUGUGCUGUCUACUUGUAUAAUGGAGUUAAAUGCAAGUUAUGACAUUGAAUACUCAAGUUCUUUACAAAGAAUCGAGCAUGAGCCGUGGCCACUAGAGCCCAUUGAUCCAAAUAGGGGAAAGUUUCCUUGUUGUAUAGUUUGGACUCCACUACCUGUUGUCUCGUGGUUGGCACCCUUCAUUGGUCAUGUUGGAAUUUGCAGGGAGGAUGGAGUUGUUUUAGAUUUUUCAGGAUCUAAUUUUGUGAAUGUUGACGAUUUUGCAUUUGGUGCAGUAGCGAGAUAUCUGCAACUUGAUCGUAAUCAGUGUUGCUUCCCGCCAAACAUGGCUUCACAUACAUGCAAGAAUGCAUACAGACAUUCGGAGAAUGGGACUGCAAUAACAUGGGAUGAUGCCUUGCGAUCAAGUGUGCGGUAUUUUGAGAAUAAAACCUACAACCUUUUCACAUGUAGCUGCCAUUCAUUUGUUGCCAACUGUCUCAAUCGGCUGUGUUACGGUGGAUCCAUGAAUUGGAACAUGGUCAAUGUAGCAGCUCUGAUUUUAUUCAAGGGGCACUGGGUCGACCUCUGGUCAAUUGUGAGGGCUUUCCUGCCAUUUGUUCUGGUUGUUUCCAUGGGUAUCCUCGUUGUUGGGUGGCCAUUCUUGCUUGGGUUAUUCUCAUUCUCUCUCCUUUUGAUGGGGUGGUUUGUGUUGGGUUCUUACCUUGUCAAAAAUCUAUUGGAGUGCUAGAAGCGCUGUUGAAUUGAAGGGUCAGCUUGCAAGUGGCAUAGUGAUCGAUAGCAUAUGUGAUCUGUUGAAUUGAAGGGUUGCUGAAACCAUGUCACGUAGCCGCGGAUUAUAAUCAGAAGAGACAACACAGCUUUUUGGUGAAUAUCUUGGAAGUGUUUAUUUUGUUUCAAUAACAAUAAAUUGAAACUUCAAGAGUAUACUGUUAUUCCAUCUGUCCAUAUAUCUGUAUUUUUUAAAUGAGCAAAUUUGCAUGCUAAAGAUGAUAUGACCAA